ACACAUAAUCUUUUAUUAUUACUUUCAGGUUUACCGGGUCGCUUUUUUGGCGAUAAAACGAGUUUAGUCUUAAAGCGAUUUGCAUUUCACAUAAAAAUGAAACUGUACUGCUUAUCAGGCGAACCUAAUAAACCAUGUUUCAUACUAAGGUUUAAGGGUACGUCAGUUAUGCUUGAUUGUACACUGGACAUGUGCUCUACCCUGAAUUUCCUUCCUUUACCUGUUGUGCCAAGUCCAACAAAUAUUGAAACAAAACCCUGGAUACCAACAUUUACUGCUGCCCGAUUGGAAGAUGAAAUUAAGGAAGUGCAAGAUAAAUUAUAUGUUAAUAGCGAGCCUGAAUUUUAUUUGCCAGAGCUGGCUAUGAUCGAUCUGUCAGAAAUAGACGUAAUACUGAUAUCUAAUUUACAUAACAUGCUUGCUUUGCCUUAUAUUACGGAAUAUACAUCGUUUACGGGUAAAAUAUUGGCAACUGAACCAACUGUUCAAAUGGCAAGCAUGUACAUGUACGAGAUGAUUGAAUACUUACGAAGGAUGCCAAAGUUGAAUAAUGCCACCAGAUGGAAACAAACAAAAGUUCAAUGCAAUCUACCGCCACCACUUCGAGAUGCAAUAGAGCCACUUAAGUGGAGGAAAUUAUAUAACAGGCAUGAUGUUCAAAGUUGUCUAUCAAAAGUCUCAAAUGUAUCUUACAACGAAAGUCAAAAUAUAUUUGGAACAUUAAAAGUAACAGCAGCUAGUUCUGGCUUCAGAAUAGGCAGUUGCAAUUGGUUGAUCGAAACGCAUCAAGAAAAAAUUUCUUAUAUAUCUGGUUCCUCCACACUUAUAACACAUCCUAAAUCAUUGGAUAGCGAAUCAAUUAAAAGAAGUGAUGUUUUAAUAUUGUCCACUCUAAGUCAUGCUCCAAAUGAAAGUCAUCCAGACACAAUGAUGGGAGAAUUUUGCGUAAUUGCAGCGCAGACAAUUAAAAGUGGUGGAAAUGUUUUGGUUCCGUGCUAUCCAUCUGGUGUCACCUAUGAUUUAAUAGAGUGUUUAUCUAACCAUUUUGACAACAUCGGACAAUCGACAAUACCAUUUUAUUUUAUCUCUCCUGUCGCUCAUAAUAGUUUGUCUUAUUCAAAUAUAUUCGCUGAAUGGCUGUCUGGAAAGAAACAAAAUAGAGUUUACAUGCCGGAAGCUCCAUUCCCCCAUGCAAAACUUACUAAAACUGGUCGCCUUAAAACCUUCAAAAGCAUUGAAGAUGGUUUUCAAUUAGAAAUGAAAAAUCCUUGUGUUGUUUUUACUGGUCAUCCCUCACUGAGAUUUGGAGAUGUUGUGCAUUUUAUUGAAAUGUGGGGGCAAUCUCAAAUAAAUACAAUGCUAAUUACAGUCCCUGACUUUCCUUAUCUCGACGCAAUUGCACCGUUUCAGCCCUUGGCGAUGAAAGUUGCCCAUCGCCCAAUCGACACAGGAGUAACCUUGGAGCAAGCAGAUAAAAUGAUCAUCGAGUCCCAAGCUGCUAACGUCAUUACAACAGAAAGUUGCCUAUCUCCUGAAAAUCCUUUGCAUUCGGACGUGCCAAUCACUAAGUAUAAAAGAGGAGAUGUUAUCUCAGUGCCCAUUAAACGACAAUUUGAACUCAUAGGCGUAGAUUCUGAGAUUGCUAACAAUAUUCACUUACGAGAAAUACUACCGGGAACGGUAAUGGGCUUCGUCUCAGGUCAUCUUGUUACGCAGGAUAAUAAACAUAUUCUUAGGAGAUUCCCAAGUCAGAAAGCGACCAUAAAGAAAAGGAAGCUUGAAAUGACAAAUAAAGAGAGUGUUUGCCCCAUAGGACAAUUAAAUGUGCCAGACUUUACGCACGAAUUGAAGAAGUUAGGCAUUACGGAUAUAAAGGUCGAACAUAAGGGGGAUAGUGAAACGGUUCUGGUUCAUUUGAACGAAGAUGAUGCUAUUAUAAGAGUUGAACCAAAUUCAACGUUUGUUAUUUGUCAAGGAAGUGAAAGAGUUCGGUCUAAAAUAAGAGAAGCUCUUUUAUAUUGCCUGGAAACAGUUGGAUGCAACAGAUAA